CACUGGGUGGCACAGUCACGCACGCGCUGCGCAGAGCUCGUGGAAACAUGGCGUUCGAACUCAUCCAGUGUGAAUUGCAGUCGAGUGAAUUCGGGCAAGCGCUGGCACUUUCCACCUCGACAGUGAUUCGAAGGCGGACGAAGAGAACGAAUAGGACAGGCUGCCGUAACUUGUUCUGUCGACAGACCCGCUCCCUUAGCGUCAAGAUUGCCCAAGAUGGCUUCGAUAAAGAACUUCAACCCCCGCUCAAUACCAAUAGCUACCCGCUCCCUCCUCGGAGCAGCGAUAGUCCUAUCCCUAGCCGGUCUAGUUGUCCCGCACGAAUACCUUGCACUCCGACCGGCAACGUCGUUCUACUACAUUUGGACAUUCGCGCUAGCGGGGUUAUGGGAGAUCAAUAUUUUUUCGCUGGCGAUAAACAGCGUGGGACUGGUGCUGUCGGGGAAGUACUUUGAAUCACAUUGGGGCACGAAAGAGUUCGCAAAGUAUGUCGCGAUCGUAAAUCUGUCGACGUACUUCGGGGUCCUGCUUGCCACGGUCUUUGAAUACGCGGUCACGAUGGACUACUUCUGGCUAUUUGGCUCGGAAGCCAGCGGGUUAGCGGGCCUGCUGGCCGGCUUUCUCGUCUCCUUCAAGCAGGCAGUCCCCGAGCAUUCCAUCAAAGUGUUCAACGUCAUCUCGAUACGUGCCAAGUACAUCCCAUCGCUAUACCUCCUCGCCAACUUCAUCCUUUUCGCCUUGCGGAUCAUCCACGUUCAUUUCUUCAUAAUCUUCUUCGGGACCCUGGGAUCGUGGGUGUAUACACGGUUCUACAAGAAGCAGGACGGCAUCAAGGGAGAUCGGAGCGAAACGUUCUCAUUCGCGAGCUUCUUUCCGGACUUCUUACAUCCUUUCAUCAAACCCCUCUCAAAUACGGUGUACAAGUUCGCCGUCGCAGCAAAACUAUGUCCGCCAUUGCGGCAGCCGCUUCCCACGACGACACCGGUUGCGGCGGCGGGGAGUCAACAGGCUGCAAGCAACCCGCCAGCGGCGUCGGACGCUGAUGCUGAGCGGAGGAGGGCGUUGGCGUUGAAAGCGCUGGACUCACGGCUGGCGAGCACCCCUGAUGCGCCUGGGGCUCGAUAGGAACGCGAGAGCAGGUUUCGUAUUGCGGGAUUACUGAUGGUAGUGAGCGUGGUUGGGAUUGGAAGUGGGGGGAGAAUCGGCCGCCCCCGCGCGGGGUGAUGACUAUCGUCCGUCGUUUCACUCGCCGUUAGAAACUCUCCAGCGUUUAGAUUACCC